AUGAUUCACGUCAAUGAGGAUUAUAUCACGCCAUUUUUAUACAGAUUUUUACGACGGCGUCGGACAGGCUUCGAAGCCCGAUCUCUCUGCAAAUCGACCAAUAUGACUUUGGCCUUGAAUACAGAAAGAAAAAUCUUUAGCGAGAAGAAACGGCUCUCCAAGGCAUUCUUUUGGAGCAAAGACGAUUUUGAAAAAUCAACGGAAAAAUCCUGCGAAAUGCUUUUUGAUGACGUGCAUGUAGAUUUCUUCGGCGAUUCUUCUUCUGAUCCAGCUACUGAAGGGAGUGGAAACUUCAUGGAAUUGCCGAGGACCUGCGUGGAGAACCAGUUUGUGUGCUUUUAUAGACUGGAUGCGAUUCUCAUUCCAAAAUUACAAGGAUCAAAAACUCUUAGACUAAGUGAUGCCUACCGAUACUGCGAGUCCCAGAAGAUGACGUUGUUUCAGCCGGAUACCAAGGCGAAGAAUUUGUUUUUGUCGAAGCUCGCGAUUUUGGUCGACAAGCCGAUUUUGUUCGAUCUUUAUAGAUUCGGGACAAACUUUGAGUUCAAAUAUGGCUUGGUUUCAAACAUAAUUCAUUAA